AUGGCACCAAGGACAGCAAAAGCAAAGAAAGCGCCGGAAACAAAAGUUGCAGAGAAUGAAGCACCAAAGAAAGGCCGGGGCAAAGGUAAAAAUAUUGCAGAAGAAGACAGCCAAGAAGAUGAAAUAAUUGUAGCAGAGAAAAAGACUACCCGACGUGGCAAAAAAGUUGACUAUAAUGAAGAUUUAAAUGGGAAAAAUGACGAAUCUGCACCACCCGCAAAAAAAGGUAGAGGAAAAAGAAAUGUAGAUACAGCAGCAGCAAAGAACCAAGAAGCUUUAGAGAAGGAGUCAGUAACUGAAGAGACAGAAGACGUGGAUGAUAAUGACGAUGCUAAUGGCCACUCAGAGGAGGAGAGUGCACCUCCUAGCCGAAAAAAGACCACAAAAAAAGAACCAAUUGCUAAAUCUAAGGAAACUAUGAAGUCCAAAGCAAAAAAAACUGAUGAAGUUGAGUUAGUAGACCAAGAGGAAGAUGAAAAACCAAAAGGACGAGGUCGAGGACGAAAAGUUGAUUCCAAACCAGAACCUGAGGAAAAGUCAGAUAGUGAAGAAAAAAAUGAGCCAUCAGAUCCACCAAUAACUAAAGGUCGAAAAAAACCGCCAACUAAAGCUGAAAAGGAUGCCGAAAAAGCAUCUAAGGAGGCAGAUAGACUUGCAAAAGCAGCAGCAAAAGAAGCUGACAAGGCUGCAAAAAUGGCAGCAAAGGAAGUGGAAAAAGCUGCAAAAACUGCAGCUAAGGAAGCUGAAAAAGCUAAAAAGGACGCAGAAAAGGCAGCGAAAAAUGCAGCAAAGGAUGCAGAAAAGGCUGCUAAAUUAGCAGCUAAAGAUAUUGAGAAGGCUGCAAAAGAAGCAGAUAAAGCAAUUAAAGAUUCCUCUGAUGCUAAAGAAUCUGAUUCCAUUGAUGAAACUGAAGCUAAAGCAGAAGAUAAGGAUGUGGAAGCUAAAGGAGAUGUGGAGCCAAAAAAAGGAAGAAAAGGAAGAGCUAAAGCCAAAGAAGAAAACAAUGACGUAGGAGAAGAUAAGGAAAAAGGCAGUGAAAAGGGUGAUGUAAUCGAAGAACAAGAAAUGGAAGUAGAUGAUACCAAACCUGCAAAGACUAAACGGGGCCAAAAGAAGAUAGGGGAAAAGACAGAACCAGAAGAGGAACCCCUAGACUCUGUAGAACCAACUUCGAAGCGCCGCCGCAAAGCGCCCGAGGAAAAGGGAGGUGACACUAAAAAGACGACUAACAAGUCAUCGACGCAGUAUGACAAGAUCGAUUUUAGUAAUUCUUCAAAAAACGCACAAAACAGAGAAUGGAAUAUAAAAAUAUCCUGUUGGAACGUAGACGGGAUCCGGGCUUGGCUGGGCAAAGGCGGAUUGGAAUACAUCGCUCACGAAAAGCCUAAUAUACUGUGCUUACAAGAAAUCAAGUGUUCGCGUGAUAAACUGCCAGAAGAAGUGACAAAUAUUCCCGGUUACCACGCUUACUGGUUGUGCAGUGAGAAAGAAGGAUACGCCGGCGUGGGCAUAUAUACUACAAAGCUAGCGAUGAACGUGCAGUACGGCCUCCAGAAUAAAGAGCUCGACGACGAAGGCAGAAUUAUAACAGCAGAAUAUGAACAAUUCUAUCUUAUCUGUACGUAUGUACCGAACUCCGGAAGGAAACUGGUAACGCUAGACAAACGGAUGAAGUGGAACGAGGAGUUCCGAAAACACGUCAAGACAUUGGACGAAAAGAAACCCGUCAUCAUAUGUGGAGACAUGAACGUAUCGCACAAUGAAAUAGAUCUGACUAAUCCCAAGAGCAACAAGAGAAACGCCGGCUUCACGGACGAGGAACGCGCGGGUAUGACGGAGUUGCUCGGUGACGGGUUCGUGGACACAUUCCGCCUCCUCUACCCUGACAAAAGCGGCGCCUACACGUUCUGGAGCUACAUGUUCAACAGCCGAGCGAAAAACGUCGGAUGGCGCCUGGAUUACUUCAUCAUUUCAGAGAGGCUGCUGCCCUCUCUGUGCGACAGCGUCAUUCGUGACCAAGUGUAUGGCAGUGACCACUGUCCGAUAUCGCUGUUUCUACACCUCACUUCCGCCGACAAACCCAAGGAAUGA